UAGCUUGAAGUUUAACCAGAGUUUUUCCUGUUUAGAAACAGAAGUUGAGUAAUUUGUGUUAUAAAUGUUACAGGCGAGUCGUGGCCCUUGUAAGCUGCACUGGUCCCACAGUUGUUAAAGCAGCUGGUGACUCACCUCCCCGGGCUACAGGGCGGAGCUUCACAGGCACGGGGCUGAACUGCAAGUCAAACUCAAAGGAGCCAUCAACCAUUUGCUCUGCACGCUCAGAGAAUCACUUCCAGACCUGAGAGUGACUCUCACAGAAACAGGACCUUCAAAAAAGGGAAUUACUUUGGAAACCAAACGCAUGCAAGACAACUAAAAGAAGAGAAAAAAAAGAGGACUUUGAAGACAGUGAAGAAACUUGUUUGGCUGGAUUUUCUUGUGUUUGUUUGUCGGGGUAAGACUUUGAAGCGUGAAGUGAUUUCCUUGUCAGUUUAGAAAAGGACACACUGCUCUUUGUGAACAUGGAUCCCCAAUUAUCUAGAAUGUUGUCUUCAAACGGUACAAAACAUCAAGGUAUUGAGGAAUGCCCAGCCGCAAACCAAGCACUGUAUAAAUUUUAUGCAGCUGUCAUGAUCAUAAUUUUCAUCCUGGCUCUGCCUCUGAACGCAUCAGUCAUCCAUCUCUUCAUAUUCAAGCUGAAAUUCUGGAAAUCCAACACCAACAACAUCUUCCUUUUCAACCUGGUGCUGGCGGACAUCCUCCUGCUCUUCUGUUUGCCCGUAAAGGCGUACAACUACAUCGACGGAAACAGGAGGAGUGGGGAAGAGUAUGUGUGCAAAACAAUGCUCUUCAUGCUGUUUUUAAACCGAGGGGCCAGCAUCGCCUUCCUGACGGUGACGUCCAUCGAUCGAUACUUUAACGUGGUGCAUCCCGGUCGAAAGAACCUCCUGAGGGCUCUCAAGAAAUCUCCUCAGAUCUCGAUCGUCAUCUGGAUCCUUCUCCUGCCGCUCACCAUCCCCACCAUGCUCAAGAGCUUCGAGUGCUGCAACAGCCACUCCUCAGAGGCAGAUGCUGACAAAAAGCCGAGAGAAACCCUAGUUAAGGACGUGGUGGACAGUCUGCGAGAAGUGGUCUUCUUCACCCAGAUCCUCAUCCCCUUCGUCAUCCUGGUCUACUGCACCGUUCGCAUCGUCAACCGGCUCCGGAAGAAAACGGUCGGGGACAAGACCAAGCUGAAGAGAGCCACCUUUCUGGUGAUGUCCGUCAUGGUGGUCUUCUCCCUCUGCUUCCUCCCUUGCACCAUCGCCAGGAUGGUCCUGCUGAUCGUCCGGGUCAAAGAGUUGUCUCCGGAAGUCGAGGAUAAAGCCGCCACGGUCUUCGACGGUCUCAUGGUCCUCUCCUACAUGGACUGUCUGCUGGAUCCGCUCAUCUACUGCUUCUGCAGCACCAAGUUUAAAGGUCUUUACCUCUCCACUUAUUUCCCGUGCUUGGUGAAAAAUACCGAAAUCCCGAUGGACAGCUCAACGUGCCACACGACGCAACCUCCACGCAGUAAAGUCAGCAAUAAUGUCAUUUGAAAUUCCUUGAAAACUGACUUUUGUUCUCUGUGUGGUGACACCAACCCGAAAGGAAACUACCUGAGACUGACAGUGUGCCCCAGAAAUGUACUUACUUUAUGAGAGGGGACUCUGAAGAUACAGUGCGCUAUGAAGACAAGUCGUACAGUGAUUAUUUAAGUUUUCUAUUGAUUCUUAAAUAGAAAGAUUAUAGAGGUACUGUUAUGGUUCUUCCAGAGUGAGUCAUGUGUAGAUAUGUUGUAUGUAGUGCCUCAGAUAGUCUAGAAUAUAUUAAUGUUGGUGGAUAUUAUUUUAGUGAAAUAUGGGGGUUUCUCUGCAGCCAAAGUAUGCACAUCUGUUUUUGUUUUUAGUCUUGGACAGUGAGGAGUUGUGAGCAAGAAAAAUUCCUUUCAAGUGAAAGAGCAAAGAAAGAACAGGGAUCUUAUCUCCCAGUCUCACACAGUCUUUAUGUAAGCCUCGCGGUCAAACAAGCACAAGUGUUUAAUGCCAUCAGUUAAUGCUGAACAAAUACAACCGCCCUGAUAGUCACCCAAAAUCUUGUCAAAUACAUUUUCUAUCGAGCAGUAAAUGGUGAGAAAUUCCAUACUGAGGGAACUAAAAGGACAAAUGCUUUUCCAUGCAUAAAUCAUAGACAUCAUUCACUUGCAUGCAUUCCUUCAGAUGGGAUAUGAAAUAUGUGCAGAACCUAAAAUAGACGCAUAUUAGGCCAUGUCAGUCCCGUUGCGUAAGACUGAAUCAUAAAGGCCCAUGCGGGAAUCUGGCUUG